UAAUCUAACAAUCCCGUUAUCGUGGGAACCCUAACCGGCACUUCCAAAUCUGUAAUUGAAUUGAAUUUGACUUCCUGAUCUUGUUUGUUUUCGAGGAAAACCAUGUCUGAUGCGUUUUGCUCCGACUGCAAGCGCCAGACCGAGGUUGUUUUCGAUCACUCGGCUGGUGACACAGUUUGUUCCGAGUGCGGCCUUGUUCUCGAGUCCCAUUCCAUUGAUGAGACAUCCGAGUGGCGUACCUUCGCCAACGAGUCGGGCGAUAAUGACCCGGUCCGUGUUGGAGGACCCACCAACCCUCUUCUGGCCGAUGGUGGCUUGUCAACGGUGAUAGCCAAGCCCAACGGAGCAACUGGCGAGUUUCUGUCAUCAUCCCUUGGAAGGUGGCAGAACCGCGGGUCGAACCCGGAUCGAGGAUUGAUUCUGGCUUUUAAAACCAUCGCAACUAUGUCUGAUAGGUUGGGACUCGUUGCAACUAUUAAGGACCGAGCUAAUGAGAUAUAUAAGAGGGUUGAAGAUCAGAAGUCUAGUAGAGGAAGAAAUCAGGAUGCAUUAUUGGCUGCUUGCCUCUACAUUGCUUGUCGACAAGAAGACAAGCCACGCACUGUAAAGGAAAUUUGCUCUGUUGCCAAUGGAGCCACAAAGAAGGAAAUUGGCCGAGCAAAAGAAUACAUAGUGAAACAACUCGGUUUGGAGAAUGGUCAGUCAGUGGAAAUGGGAACAAUACAUGCUGGAGAUUUUAUGAGGCGAUUUUGUUCUAAUCUUGGUAUGAACAAUCAAGCUGUUAAAGCUGCUCAAGAAGCAGUGCAGAAAUCAGAAGAGUUCGAUAUAAGGAGGAGCCCCAUAUCUAUUGCUGCGGCUGUUAUAUAUAUCAUAACUCAACUUUCAGACGAUAAGAAACCUCUAAAAGAUAUAUCAGUUGCCACCGGAGUUGCAGAAGGAACCAUCAGGAACUCCUACAAGGAUCUUUAUCCACAUGUUUCGAAAAUAAUACCAGCCUGGUAUGCUAAAGAGGAGGAUCUCAAGAAUCUUUGCAGCCCUUGAAUUGUAGAGCAACACAGUAGCAGCCUAAUUUAGAUGCCAUCGCAGCGUUGUUGUUUUUUGGAUGUACUGAACUGUUUUACAUAAAAUGAAAGUGCAAUUUUAUUUUAUUUUAUUUAUUUAUUGUUUUCAGACCCUCCCAAUUUGAGUAUUUUUGGGGCGAGGCACCAUUCAAAUAUUAAGUUUAGUGCUGUGAAGAGUUGAUGUUUGUCCAAUCGGGAAACCGUCUGGGCAUCAA